GUCUGUGGAAAGUGGAAACAUCGAUAGCACAGUCGCCUCAAGUCAACGUUGUUUUCUUUGUUUAAAACAAUAAAAGAAAAUUUCAUUGAAUGAAAAUGGAAAAUGUGGAAUAUUUUUGAUUUUUCAUUUUCGAGAUGAAACAAAAUAUGAGAAAAAUCCACAUUUUUCAUUCAUCACAUUGCAACCGAACGAGUCCAUUGGAAAUGUCAAAACGGUUUGUUUAUGCCAUACAAAAGCAUCAUAUACAACACAUCAUAGAGGUUAUGCUUACCGUGUGUGUAGGCAAUUAAUAACAAUAGACACAUAUUCUGAAUAGAAGCCCAUGGUCACAGUCGCAUUCACUGAGACACCGCCGAUUCAAAAAUCGAUGUAGACAUUUCAAACGUAAAACAAAAACAUCCACAAUCGAUAAAUCGGUGUAGAAAAAACUAUGAAUUUCAUUUAUAAAAUUGUUGUUGCUGUGAUAUUGUUUUACUAUAAUUGUUUAAGUUUAGAUUUUGUAUUGGGUGAUGAUGGUUACAAUUAUGUUGAUUUGCCCGAAUCGCAUUUGCCAUAUUAUUUCAAUAAUUUUCCGCAAGUGAUUGAACAGUGUCUUAGUAAUAGUAGUUGUACUUAUCGAACAUUAUUUGCCAGUGAUGAUUAUGAUAAAAAGAAAUGCUGGGGCUAUGAACGUAAUUGCCUGAUGGAGAAUGCAUUUUCGCAGCCAAAAUGUGCAAAAGAAAAACCCGUUUGGAUCAACAGCUAUGAAGAAUAUGUUCAAAAUUUCUAUGACCAAGCUGAUUUUGGUUACAUUCGAAACCAAAUAAAUGAGUUGAUGGUGUUAUGUACGCCGCUGUUUCCAAAUGACUCGAUGCUUGAAUGUUCGAAGAAUUUACGAUUCUGCCAUGGACGGAACAUUAUGAUAAACUUCACCGAUCUUGCAUCCGAGAAACAGCCAUGGCGAUACCGAACAGAUGUUUUGAAAGAAGGACAAAUUGGUGGCUAUUGCAAGUUGAACAAAGAGCUGCUUGGAAAACAAAUGGACCAUAUGAGUGCAUUGCAAUCAUGGGCACCGGAGAUUCGUAAUUUCGUUGAGUUUAGCGAGCGACCAAUCGAUACAAGCAAAUGUGAUUUAGUGUACGAGAAACCGGUGUACAUUAUGAAAAUUGAUGCAAAUAGUAACAUGUAUCAUCAUUUUUGUGAUUUUUUCAAUUUGUAUGCGUCGCUUCACGUCAACAUGACUCAUCCCAAAGCGUUCGACACAGACAAUUACAUCUUUCUAUGGGAGACAUACAAUUAUGUCACACCAUUUUCGUUAGCAUUUAAAGCAUUCACACAAAAUCCAAUAUUCACCAUCAAAGCAUGGACCGGCAAAAAUAUUUGCUUCAGAAAUCUCAUGCUACCAUUGUUACCUCGCAUGAUUUUUGGACUGUACUAUAAUACGCCCAUCAUAAAUGGAUGCCAAAACAGCGGACUGUUUCAAGCAUUUUCGGAUUUUAUGCUGCAUCGAUUGAAUAUUCCAUUACAUCACAAGAGUGACGAUAAGAUUCGGAUCACAUUUUUGGAACGGAAAACAAGAUUUAGACAAGUUUUGAAUUCAGACGAAUUAGUCGCUGAAUUAAAGAAGAACCAGACGUACGAAGUGAGAAAUGUUCGCUUUGAACGUGCCAUGCCAUUUAAGGAUCAAUUGGAAGUCAUACGGAAUACAGACAUUUUUAUUGGCAUUCACGGCGCCGGACUGACUCAUCUACUCUUUUUACCCAAGUGGGCGACCGUUUUUGAAUUAUACAACUGCGAAGACUCAGAAUGCUAUAAAGAUUUAGCUCGACUUCGAGGCGUGAAUUACAUGACAUGGGAGAAUAAGGAUAAACUUGUUCAACAGGAUGAGGGUCAUCAUCCAAACGGUGGCGCUCAUGCAAAAUUCACAAAUUACUCGUUCAACGCACAGGAGUUUACUAGACUAGUGGACAAAGCCGCUGACUAUGUACUGAAUCAUGAAGAAUUUAAAAAAUUUGUCCUAUUUAAUUUUGAAAGUAUCCACGAUGAGCUGUAAAUAUCUUGAGAUAUUCAGUGUAAAACGCACAUCACGAAGAAUUUAAUAAAGAUCUGAUUUAUUUAUUGAAUAUUUUGCUUUUAAGAAGAAGAAAAAAAUGUAUGUAAUAUCAUUGGAUUAGAACAGUAUUUGUUCAAAUAGAAUGUAAAUUGUGAAUUUAGAAUUAUCCGUUCGAAUUUCAAAGUGCUUUGACAUUUUCAAUGAGAAAGAAAUAAAUAUGAUGUUUUGAUAAUUAUCAAAAUAUCAAAUAAAACGAAAA